AAGGGCCUUGGGGUCAUUGGCCUUCUGCGCCGGCGGGGCUGUGGGCGCAGGGCCCAUGGCAGCCUUCGCGCAUUUGCCGGGCCUUGGGGAGGAGGACCUCCCGGGCUUCAGUGCAGAAGAGUGCGAGGCGUUGCCGGACCUUUUGCGGCACUUCAACCUUGCCUGCGACGUGCUGCGGGCGGAGCCAGGGUUGUUCGAAGCCAUGGCAAAACUGAAGACGCCCAAAUGGAACCUUAGCUUUGCGCGGUGCAUCAAGACGGGCCUCGACAACCGCGGCCACCCGAUGAUCAAAUCCGUAGGGGCCAUCGCUGGGGACGCCGAGUGUUACGAGACCUUCCGGCCCUUCUUCGACAAGCUGGCGGCCCUGUGCCACGAGGAGGCCACGCUGCCCUCGGCGGGAGCAGUUCUGGAGGUGCCGAAGGACAUGGUCUUGGGCAGCUACUUGAGGGUCUUCAGGAACCUGGAGGGCUUGCCAUUCGUUCCGGCCAUGCACCGCGUUCAGCGGCACGAGGUGGAACGGUGCUUGGUGAAAGCUCUGCUGGAGGAGGGGGGCGACUACUUCCCGUUGACCGGGUCGGAGAGCUACCCGGCCAAGCCCAAGGGCAUGACACACAAAGAGGAGCAGCUUCUGGCGCGGUACGGGGCAUUGUUCCGGGAGCCGGACUCCCCCGCACUGCUGGCCACCGGCGCGGGUCGGCACUGGCCACACGGCCGGGGGAUUUUCCUGGACGCCCAGCGGAAGUUCACCAUUUGGAUCAACGAGGAGGAGCAUUUCAAGCUCAUGGCCGAGCGCCAGGACGCGAACCUGCAGCUUAGCCUCCUGGAGGUCACGGACUUCGUGAGACGCCUGGAGACCAGGUGCGGAGGCUUCGCACACAGCGAGCGGCUGGGGUACCUGACCACCUCCCCGCAGAACCUGGGCCUGGCGCUGUCGGCGGGGCUGAGGCUGAAGCUGCCAAUGCUCAAGUUCAAGAAGAGGGAGCUCGCAGAGUGGUGCAAAGCCCGCAACCUUGUCGUGCGCCCGGUGCUGAGCAGCGAUUGCCUCGAGGUGUCUCAUCGGCUAAAGCUGGGCGUGAAGCCAGAGGACCUCAUCGCGGAUCUCACGCGGCAAGUGUGCUACCUGUGCCGCGCGGAGCAGCUCAUGGAGUACGGGGCCUCGGUGGAGCAAGCGCUGCAGAACGCGGAGCCACGGGAGGUGCUGACGCCCAUCGGUGACGCGGAGGAGGACGCCGAGGACAAGUGGGCUGCUUCCGCGCAGCACCUCGAGGCGAUCUUUUCGGAUGCUGUGGAUGCACACGAGAUGGAAGGUGUGAAGGUGAAGCUUGGUCAGCAGCUGGUUGCCGCUUACAUGGAAGAUGGCCUCACCCCGGCGCGCUGGCAGGAGGAGGAGGAGGCUGCACAAGCAGAAGCAGCAAAACGGAUCCAGGCCAUCCAGAGGGGCCGACAGCAGCGGAAAGACGCAAAGCCUUCAAAGAAGGCGCCGUCCAAGGCGCAAAUGCGCUCACAGCUGGAGCAGGCACUGGAGAACGGGUCCUUGGAGCAGAUGCUGCAGGCGCGGCAACCGCAGCAGCAGCAGCUUCGGCAGAAGGUGGCGGAUCAGCUGUUGGCGGCGGCAGAGGAUGGCCGUUUGGACGCGGCCAUGCAAUCCCAGCAGGUCCAGCUUACACGCAUAGAAAGCCUCCGCAGCAAAGCGGCAGCCUCUUUGAUGGCUGCGGCCGAGGACGGGCGCCUGGAGUCUGCGCUCAGCGCGCCAAAGGAGGAAGCGUGUGUGGGCACAGACUCCUUGGAGCUGAUCCGUAGCAACAUGGCGGCGAGCAUGCUGGAGGCCCUGGAGACGGGGAAGCUGGAGGAGGCCUUCCAAAAUGAGGAGGCGUGUGUUGGCACAGACUCCUUGGAGCUGAUCCGUAGCAAGAUGGCAGCGAGCAUGCUGGAGGCCCUGGAGACGGGCAAGCUGGAGGAGGCCUUCCGAAACACGGAGGAAGGCGAAACGACCAUAGUGCCCUACGAUGUGAUCGCGGAGGCGCAUGCGGUCGCAGUGGGGCAGAAAGAGACGCCGAAGAUCUUGCUGCAAUGCGAGCGCAGGCUGGGCGCGCUCGCGGCGGCGGUGUCUUCCGCGGAGCAGCAGCUGCUCACCAAGAGCGCGGAGUGCGCCGCGCUGGAGCAGGCCUGUGCGGACGCGAGCGCGCAACUUCUGCAGACAGACCAGGCGGUUGCGCGCAUCCAGCUACAGCUUGAUGCUGAAGAGGUCAAGCGCGUGCGCCUGCAGGAGGGUAAGCAGCAACUUAUGGACCAGCUGGACAUGGCGACGCUUGAGCAGAAGCACGCCCAGAUCGACCUGGGCGGCUACAGUCAGAAUAUUUCCGCGGUGUGCGGCUAUAGUUUCAGCCCGGUGAUGCCGGGCCCGUGAGAUUUCUCGUCUCACCGAGGCGGAAGGCGAAGGGAAGCGCGACGUGAUCC